GAUGGUGAUAAAUUGUGAGCACUUAAAUAUGAAAAAGGUCUAUCACAAGCAACUGUAAAAGUGGAUUUUGAUCCUAAUAAAGUAAGAGUAAGUAAAGAAAUCUUUUAAUAGGAAAAAGGGAGAAAGAAAUAAAUCAAAAAUCAAACAGGUAAAAGUGCUAUGCAUAAAAAAGGGUAUUAAAUAAUUAAAAGUAAUAAUUCUAUUAGGAGAAACAAUAAAAAGUGCUGUAAAAAUAUAUUUUUUAAACUUGGGAAGUAAUAUUAGAAAGUAAUAAAGAACAAAAAUAUUGAGAUGAUCUUGAUUUAAAUAUAACGCUUUAGUAAAGUUUGAAACAAGAUAUUAA